AACAACUGCAGCAGCCGAGCGAUCAGCAACGCGAAGAGAGCGAGCUCGUAACUUGUUCUCCGAGACUUCGUGCACUUCCUGUGCAGCGCCGCUGCUCCGAUCGGAUCCGAUCUGCAGCCCCCAGCCACAGGCGAUCAUUUCGCUGGCGAAUGCAACGUUGAUUGCAAUUACUGCAGAGCAGAGCAGAGCCGAGCCGAGCCAUCCAUCCAUCCGUCGCUACUGCGCUGCAUUCUCGAGCGAAAAGUGAAAGAGAGGAGAUUUGCGAUCUGCGAUCUGCGGUCUACGGUCGGCUUUCUGCGGUGAUCUACUGUACUCUCAUCGCAUCCCGGUCUCCACUGCACUCUCACUCACCCAGCGGAUCGCGCAACGUGUCGGAAAAGCGCGAAAGUUUUGCACAAAAAAAAGAAACGAAUUAUAAUUUUAGUAAUAAGUGCCGUAAAGUGAAUCUCUAGUGAAGUUCUUCGAUAGUGAAUUAAUAAAAGACAAGCCCCAAAACACACAUUCGCAUAAAUUCGCAUAAAUAUAGUUUAGCACAUUUUCGGAUUAAAUAUCUACACAGCACCCACUGGAUACGACGCACCGCUCCACACAUUUGGAUACACAGCGCCUGAGAUACUCUCUACUCGGAAGUACCACCAACAAUUCGUUCGAAAAUGGCGGAGGGUAAUGGCGAACUGUUAGAUGACAUUAAUCAGAAAGCCGAUGACCGUGGCGAUGGCGAGCGUACAGAGGACUAUCCCAAGCUGCUGGAAUACGGUCUGGAUAAGAAAGUGGCCGGAAAACUGGAUGAAAUCUACAAAACCGGCAAGCUGGCUCACGCCGAGCUGGAUGAGCGCGCUCUGGAUGCGCUCAAGGAGUUCCCCGUCGAUGGUGCCUUGAAUGUGUUGGGUCAGUUUCUCGAAUCUAACCUGGAGCAUGUGUCGAACAAGUCCGCCUACUUGUGCGGCGUGAUGAAGACGUACCGCCAGAAGAGUCGAGCCAGCCAACAGGGCGUGCCCACGCCCGCAGCUGCUGUUCAAGUGAAAGGACCCGAUGAGGACAAGAUCAAAAAGAUUCUCGAGCGCACCGGCUACACAUUAGAUGUGACGACAGGUCAACGCAAAUACGGCGGACCGCCACCGGAUUGGGAAGGAAAUGUACCGGGAAAUGGCUGCGAAGUGUUUUGCGGAAAGAUACCCAAGGAUAUGUACGAGGACGAACUGAUUCCGCUAUUCGAGAACUGCGGCACAAUUUGGGACCUACGCCUCAUGAUGGACCCGAUGACGGGCACAAAUCGUGGUUAUGCAUUUGUCACAUUCACAAAUCGCGAUGCAGCCGUCAACGCAGUGCGACAGCUCGAUAAUCACGAAAUAAAACCCGGCAAGUGUCUGAAAAUAAAUAUAAGCGUACCGAAUCUGCGCCUUUUCGUAGGCAAUAUUCCCAAGUCAAAGGGCAAAGAAGAAAUUUUAGAGGAAUUUGGUAAACUUACAGCUGGCCUUUACGAGGUAAUCAUAUACAGUUCGCCAGAUGAUAAGAAAAAGAACCGCGGCUUCUGCUUUCUCGAAUACGAGUCACACAAGGCGGCAUCUUUGGCCAAACGAAGACUUGGAACUGGUAGGAUUAAGGUUUGGGGAUGUGAUAUAAUAGUCGACUGGGCCGAUCCACAAGAGGAGCCAGAUGAACAAACUAUGUCCAAGGUUAAGGUACUUUACGUGCGGAAUCUGACCCAGGACGUCUCCGAGGAUAAGCUGAAGGAGCAUUUUGAGCAAUAUGGCAAAGUAGAACGCGUUAAGAAAAUUAAAGACUAUGCCUUUAUACACUUUGAGGAUCGUGAUAGCGCCGUCGAAGCUAUGCGUGGCCUUAAUGGCAAGGAGAUCGGCGCCUCGAAUAUUGAGGUCUCCCUUGCCAAACCACCCUCGGACAAAAAGAAAAAGGAGGAAAUCCUGAGGGCCCGAGAACGUCGCAUGAUGCAGAUGAUGCAAGCGCGUCCCGGUAUCGUAGGAUUUGAAACCUUGUCUCCAUACAGAAACCUGUCGCCGACACAUCCCAGCAUGAUGUCCUUGACGCCGAUGCGGCUCCAAGGAGCGCGCAUGCCACUGCGUACGCCGAUACCCCGCGAAUACGAGUACGAUUAUGACUAUUUCGGUUUCCCGGAGUACCGCCCCGGCACCUAUAGCAAUGAACCAUUCUAUGAAGAUCUGUUUCGCUCCUACGAUGGCGGUGAAUUCAACUACUAUGAUUAUCCAAAUGCCGCGGGCCCCGGCGGAAGCGGAGGCGGCAAUGUGGGCGUCACAUCGAGCUCGCUAGCCGCUGGCGCCUCCCCGAAUACAUCGCUCUCCGUUGGGCAGCGAUCGGCAAGGGCCUCAGCAAGUGGUCCUCCCACUGGUUCGCCAGGCGUUUUGGGAGUUGGUCCUGGGCGUGGAAUCACAGUGCCGCGUGGCAGAGUCGUUGGCCAGCGUGGCAGCAUCAGUCGUCUGGGGGGCCAAACAGCGCCUCAGGCGGCGGCAGCGGCGGCGGCGGUGGGACAGGUGGCGGCGGUAACUCAGCGGGGGGCCACCGUUCAGGGGGCGCCGGCAGCAACAGGGGGGGUCCGUGGGGUGGUGCCAACGCGUCCCAGCGCUCGUGGCACCCAGCACGUCAAGCCGCUACAAAAUUUACCAGUAGUCGGUAAACGUAAGUUCGAUGGAGGUCACCAAAAUCCGGCAGAUGUUAAGCGACGUUACCCGAGCGGUUUAAUAGGAAAUGGCGGCAGUUGGGGCAGUUUACCGCUACCACAGCAACCUUUAGGCACAAAUGGUGAACAGUGGUACAUGGAUACGUUUUCGGCAUGGAGUUAAAAAACAACACGACAGCAACAGCAACUACAACAACAGCAACCCAAUUGAAAUCAGAUAAAAAAAAUAAUUAUUAAUAGCAGCCACACAUGGAAAUUACAACCACAACCAGUUAUCCCAGCUUUCUCCGAGCCACAUCCCGGGAGAAAGCCUCAUUCGCGUAAACAUUAAACGAAGAAUUGCAACCACAAUUAGAAGCAAUAAAUUUAAUUUCAACGAAAUAUAUAUAAACUAUAAGGAAGGCCAUUAGCAACAAUUCAGAAAGCAUUGUUUAGGGAUUCGUUUCGAUAUUAAUUCUUUGCUAUGAACACCGUAGAUGGGCGUACCUCUAAGUAGCGUAUCAGAACAAUAGCAGCAAGGAUACUACCAGUCGAGUAGAGUAUAUAUGUAUUGUAUGUAAUCACUUAAAUAGCCUUUGCAACUCCUGCAUUUUAAACGAGAAAUGUUCAUUUAGUGAAACAAGUUUAGCAGAUUUUUCCCAAAAGUUUUAAAAAUGAAAAAAGCAUCAGCAACGCCUCACAACUUAGAUAAACCAAAGUAAAAUCGUAAAAUCGUUUUAAAAGUUCACAAACAAAAAACAAAAGUAAUAUGAAAUUUGUCUCAUAGUGUUUUUAACUCAAAAUUGAAACAAUAGUUCAGCAUAUAUAGCAAACCUAUACAAAAAUUAUAAGGUAUAACAAAUAUAUUUAUCUAUAACUAUAUAGAGAGUGCAGUAUAAGCCCAAAACAGAUUGAUUUUAAAACUUAAGCAGCAUGUAGAACCUUUUUAUACAUUGAAAACUGAAAUUCAAACUCGAUUCGACUACCAAAGCCUUUUACAACAUUUACACAUGGGCAAGGGGAAAAUUAAAUGAUUGUAUAUAUCCCAAAGUAAUGAUUAAAUGGCGAAUGCUGAAGCAAGACAUAUAGGAAAACUAAACAUAUAUACAAGAGAUCAAGCUCAGAUGCAAUGAUAAACCUAACCAUGUUUAAUAUUCUAAAAACAAAUACAAUUCAAAUUGAAAAGCAAAGCUUAAAGAAACAUUGACUGACAAAAUAAACAAAAACAAAACAAAAACAAAAACAAAAAUUAAAAAUUAUUGAUUAGAAUGAUUAAAUUGAUAUGAGAAUGAUAAGCAAACGCGAAAAAUUCAAAUGCACCCAGCAUUAUUAUAUAAUGACUGGUGUCGGCAACCGGCAAGACUUUCUGCAUAAAUUUGAGAAGAAACUAUUUUUAAAAGCGUAAGUUUUAGGCAACUUCAAAUCAAUUAUGGUAUCUGUGGAAGUAAUGAAAUAUGUAGAGCUAAGUAAUUGCACACAUAAAAACACAAAACCA